GAUGAGAGCGCGAUUCGCUAAAUUAUACUUGAGAUGGCUUGACUCCACACGCACGUCCAGUCCAACAUUCCCUCCUGCGCGAAGGAUGGAGGUUGAAAAACCCACCGCUGAAUUCCUUCAGAAGUUCGGAUUCAAAUAAAAAAAAGAAAAUGAUCAAUAUCCUCCUUCGGGCUUCAGAGCUCGCUAAAUUCUCUGUUGGGGCACGUUUUCUGCGAUCAGACUUGCUCUUCCUUUCUACUAACUAUGAAGACCGAGCCACUGGUUACAAGAUGGGACUGCCAUAUGUUCUACUGCUUCGGAAUUGUCCAUUCUCCUUCGAGAAAUUCCGCCAUCUAAAAUGGAGUGGUCUUUCGCCGAAUGACCGACCUCUCAACAAUCGACAAUGCCUAUGUAUUUGCGGUCAAGGCGAGCCGGUUUCUACCCCGAACCAUUCGAUUCGCCGAAAGAAAUUCACAUGGCUUCACCGGAUGUGAUCCAGCCCUAAGCAAACACCCUCCUCAAUAUCGCCAUUAAAUCUCUGCCUAUGGAUUCGUUUCGCCGUCAGGCGCGAGGAAUCUGACCAUACGUUUGGUAGGCAAAAGGGGGUUUCCGGAGAAAUUGCAGGAUUUGUUCUGUAGUACUAGACAACAGUCGGCUGUUCCCCAGACUAUCGACCUUCCGUUGGGUUUGCGACGAGCGAAUUAUCACUGGAGGAAUUCGAGUUAGUUAGGGUUAUCAUGUGGCCUGGCAUCACCCGAUUGCAGCGCCAUUGACGAAAUGAAAACCUGCGGGUAUGGAAAUGUACAGAUUUUCCCAGCUUCCAGGAAAGAAACCUUGGCUCCGCCCGUCAGAGUUGAUUGGACGGAGGACUCGUGACUAACUGGAUGAGCUGCAACGAUCAGACUCUGGUUGGGGCAAGCCAACUCCAAGCGCAAAGGCCUUCCAAAGCAGGUUUUUAAUCGGCACGAUCCCUGACGUGAAUGCUCUGGUUCGGGAACUAAAUGGGAAAUGGUCGAAAGACGGAGCAGAAGCGCGGAACUAACAAGGACAGCGAAACAGGAGCAAUAUGAAUGACGGUCGAGGGUGCAGUCGAGCAAAAACGAGACAUCAUAUGAAGGGUGGCUCGAAAGUAUGUGUGCGGGUCACUUGAUUCACCACCGCCAUCAUCACAAUAUGCUAUUAUAGGCCUGGAAGUUGGCCCUUCUUCAAAAAGCGAGUGUGUCAGGGUGGAAAACCCUGGAAAACCUCUGGUGUACACUGUAUAUGAGAAGGUCAGGCUUUAGGUGUUUUAAAUCUCCAAGGAACUUUGUAAUCCUCUGGCUCAGGCCGGGUUAGGUGACAGUGAAAAUAAGAACAGUUGACAAGGUCUAAAUAA